GUGCGACUCGUAGAUGCCCGGCGGUGCGUGAACUCGCUGUGUGACCCGGAAGCGAGCUGCUGAGGAGGCGGGACCGGGACGGUGGGACCCGGCUGCUGGGUCCCAGCGAGGGCCACACCGGGCGGUGGGAGGCUCACGUAGAUCGACCUCUCCCGCGACAUUUAGGCCUACUGAUUGUUUUACUUUUCUGCCCUGCUCAUCGUUGCCCAUCACCACGUCACUGGCUACCUCCCAGUCUUCUCCCCAUGCUAACUGGACUCCGACCCGCAUUGAGGAGGUCAGGAUGGUGGGGGAGCAGCGUGCUGGGGACCUCAUGGUGCCCUUGGGGCCCCGGCUGCAGGCCUAUCCUGAAGAACUUAUUCGACAGCGGCCUGGGCAUGAUGGGUGUCCUGAAUACCUGAUCCGAUGGAGUGUCCUGAAGUGUGGGGAAGCGAGCAGAGAGGGUGUGGAAGAGGGUAAGGAAGAGCAUAUCCACAUGUGGCUGUCAGCCCCCGAGGUCUACGCCAAUUGCCCCAUGCUAUUAGGUGAGCGGGCACUAUCUAAGGGACCUCAAUGCAAACCAGCUGGGGGUUCAGGAAGCUUUCCCGGAGAUCCAGGAGGCUUGGAUGACAUGGCAAUGGGAGAGAUGGAGGCUGAUGUGCGGGCACUGGUGCGCAGGGCUGCCCGGCAGCUGGCAGAAGGUGGGACUUCGAGCCUCACAGCUGCUGUGCUCCACACCAUUCACGUGCUCAGCGCCUACGCCAGCAUCGGGCCCCUCACUGGGGUCUUCAGGGAGACAGGAACCCUGGACCUGCUCAUGCACAUGUUGUGCAACCCUGAGCCUCAGAUCCGUCGGAGUGCAGGCAAGAUGCUGCAGGCUCUGGCAGCCCAUGAUGCUGGGAGUCGAGCUCACGUCCUCCUGUCACUGAGCCAACAAGAUGGCAUUGAGCAGCACAUGGACUUUGACAGCUGUUAUACUUUGCUGGAGCUGUUUGCAGAGACCACAUCCUCUGAGGAGCACUGCAUGGCCUUUGAGGGCAUUCACCUGCCUCAGAUCCCAGGAAAGCUGCUCUUUUCUCUGGUGAAACGCUACCUAUGUGUCACUUCCCUGCUGGAUCAUCUGAAUAACAGUCCAGAGCCAGGGGCUGGAGACCAAGGCUCCCCAUCUCCGAGGGAUCUUGGCCAGGAGAAAAGCCGGGGGCAGCGGGAACUGGAGUUCAGUAUGGCUGUGGGCAACCUUAUCUCAGAGCUGGUGCGGAGCAUGGGCUGGGCCCAGAACCUCAGCAAACAGGACACGUCACUACCCAGGCCAGCCCGGUCCAUCUUUCAGCCCUGCAUUUCAGGCCCCAGCGUUUUACUCCCCACCAUCGCUAGCACCCCCAGAAGGCAAGGGCGGGCCUUCCGCCAGCGCUCUGAGUUCUCUAGCCGCAGUGGCUAUGGUGAAUAUGUGCAGCAGACCCUGCAGCCCGGGAUGCGAGUGAGGAUGCUGGAUGAUUAUGAGGAGAUCGGUGCUGGGGACAAGGGCGAGUUUCAGCAGAGCAACAAUGGCGUGCCUCCUGUGCAGGUCUUCUGGCAGUCAACGGGCCGCACCUACUGGGUACACUGGCACAUGCUGGAAAUCCUGGGCCCUGAGGAAGCUGCCGAGGAUACAGCUUCAGCUGUGGAGACGGAGGCAGGGGCUUCUCUGUUGGGCUCAGCACUUCCCUCCUGGGACUGGAAGCCUGUAGACGGGCUCUACUCUUUGCCGUACCUCCAGCCUGAGCCUCAGACGAAGGAAGAAUCGGGAUACCUGACCCAGGCUGAGUGGUGGGAGCUGCUCUUCUUCAUCAAGAAGUUGGACAUAUGUGAGCAACAGCCAAUUUUCCAGAAUCUUCGGGAGAACCUGGAUGAGAGCCUGGGUGACAAGGCCCUUGGUGAAAUCUCUGUGCCCGUAGAGAUGGCUGAGGGUCUGCUACAGGUUCUGAGUAAUCGGUUUGAGGGCAACACCCUGAGUGACCUGCUCAGCUCCCAGAUCUACAUCAAGUAUGGGCUGCUACCUGAUGAAGUGAGCAGCUCGUCAUCUUCACGAAGUCACUGCUGUACUCCAGGCCCAGAAGAGGAGACCAAGUCAGAGGCCACCUUCUCAGCAGAGGAGACCGAGUGCCCCCGAGCAAAGGCUGAGCCCCCUAAAGCAGAAGCAGAACCUGCCAAGGGGAAAACUGAGGCCCCCAUGGCACAGAGUGACUCACAGCUAUUUAACCAGCUUCUGGUGACUGAGGGGAUGACUCUGUCUCCUGAGACGAAGGAGGCAGCAAGUGAAAUGGCUGGAGCCUUACAGGGUCCUGGACCACGAAGCUUCCUGGAUCAGCAUGUGGCAGCGGUUGUGGCCACUGUGCAGAUGUCCACCUUGGACAGAAAGCUACAGCUUUCAGGGCUCUAUGCCCUCUCUCAGGCUGUGGAGGAGGUCACUGUGCAGGACCACCCUCUGGUCCAUCCUGACAGAUCCCUGAGAGAGAAGCUAGUGAAGACGCUGGUGGAGCUGCUGACCAACCAGGUGGGAGAGAAGAUGGUGGUGGUGCUGGCCCUGCGCCUGCUCUACCUGCUCAUGACCAAGCAUGAGUGGCGCCCACUCUUUGCCAGGGAGGGUGGCAUCUAUGCUGUGCUGGUUUGCAUGCAAGAAUAUAAGACUUCCGUCUUGGUGCAGCAAGCAGGGCUGGCGGCCCUGAAGAUGCUGGCCAUUGCCAGCUCCUCGGAGAUCCCUACCUUUGUUACUGGCCGAGACUCUCUCCACCCGUUGUUUGAUGCCCAGAUGACCAGAGAGAUCUUUGCCAGCAUUGACUCAGCCACCUGCCCGGGUUCUGAGAGCCUGCUCCUUACAGUCCCUGCAGCCGUGGUCCUGAUGCUGAACACCGAGGGGUGCUCCUCCGCAGUGAGAAACGGCCUGCUCCUGCUCAACCUACUUUUGUGCAACCACCACACUCUGGGAGAGCAGAUUAUAACCCGAGAGCUGAGAGACACCUUGCUGAGCCACUCGGGGAUAGCACCGGGGACAGAACCCGUGCCCACCACACGCACUGUCCUCAUGAUGCUUCUCAGUCGCUACUCAGAGCCACCGUGCAGUCCUGAGCACAAAGCAGCACUGGAAAGCCCCAGUGCUCAGGGCCAGGACGGGUCCCCUGAGCUAUUGAUCCGAUCCCUGGUGGGGGGCCCAUCUGCCCAACUCCUCCUGGACCUGGAGCGCGUGCUGUGCCAAGAGGGUGGCCCAGGGGGCGCUGUGAGACCCCUUCUCAAGCGCCUCCAGCAGGAGACCCAACCAUUCCUCCUGUUGCUGCGGACUCUGGAUGCCCCUGGGCCCAACAAAACUCUGUUGCUGACUGCGCUGAGGGUCAUGACCCAGCUGUUGGAUCACCCUGAGGCAAUGGUCCUCCCCUGGCAUGAGGUCCUGGAGCCCUGCCUCAACAGCCUGAGUGGCCCUAGCAGUGACUCUGAGAUUGUUCAGGAGCUGCUCUGCUUCCUGCAUCACCUGGCCUCAAUGCAUAAGGACUAUGCAGUGGUUCUCUGCUGCCUGGGAGCCAAAGAAGCCCUCUCCAAAGUCCUGGACAAGCACCCGACUCUGCUGCUGCUGGUCUGUGAGCUCCGGGACCUGGUGACAGAGUGUGAAAAACAUGCCCAGCUCUAUAGUAAGCUCACCUCCAGCAUCCUGGCUGGCUGCAUUCAGAUGGUGCUGGGCCAGAUUGAAGACCACAGGCGAACCCACCAGCCCAUCAACAUCCCCUUCUUUGACGUGUUCCUCAGACACCUCUGCCAGGGCUCCAGUGUGGAAGUGAAGGAGGACAAGUGCUGGGAGAAGGUGGAGGUGUCCUCCAACCCGCACCGGGCCAGCAAGCUGACCGACCGCAACCCCAAGACCUACUGGGAGUCCAACGGCAGCACUGGCUCCCACUACAUCACCUUGCACAUGCACCGUGGUGUUCUGGUUAGGCAGCUGACUCUGCUGGUGGCCAGUGAGGACUCAAGUUACAUGCCCGCCAGGGUGGUGGUGUUUGGGGGUGACAGUACCAGCUGCAUCAACACUGAGCUCAACACGGUGAAUGUGAUGCCCUCCACCAGCCGGGUGGUCCUCCUGGAGAACCUGAACCGCUUCUGGCCCAUCAUCCAGAUCCGCAUAAAGCGCUGCCAGCAGGGCGGCAUUGACACCCGGGUCCGAGGUGUGGAGGUCCUGGGCCCCAAGCCUACCUUCUGGCCAUUGUUCCGGGAGCAGCUGUGUCGCCGUACAUGUCUCUUCUACACAAUUUGGGCACAGGCCUGGAGCCGGGACAUAGCAGAAGACCACAGGCGCCUCCUCCAGCUCUGUCCCAGACUGAACAGGGUUUUGCGCCAUGAGCAAAAUUUUGCUGAUCGCUUCCUCCCUGAUGAUGAGGCCGCCCAGGCGCUGGGCAAGACCUGCUGGGAGGCCCUGGUCAGCCCCCUGGUGCAGAACAUCACCUCCUCCGAUGCGGGAGGUGUAAGCUCCCUGGGAUGGCUGCUGGAUCAGUACUUAGAGCAAAGAAAGAGCUCCUGGAACCCCCUGAGUCGGGCAGCAUCCUUUGCUUCUCGAGUUCGUCGCCUUUGCCACCUGCUGGUGCAUGUGGAGCCGCGUCCUGGGCCUUCUCCAGAGCCCUUCGCCCAGCCCUUCAGCAAGAACAGUAAGGGUCCAGAUCGCAGCCCCGGGCCUUUACCAGUUCUUCCAAGCAGCAGCCUGAGGAACAUAACCCAGUGUUGGCUGAGAGUGGUGCAGGAGCAGGUCAGCAGGUUCCUGGCUGCAGCCUGGAGGGACCCAGACUUCGUGCCUCGUUACUGCAAACUCUAUGAGCGCUUGCAGAGAGCAGGCUCAGAGCUCUUUGGGCCUCGGGCAGCCUUCACAUUGGCCCUGCGCAGCGGCUUCUCAGGCGCAUUGCUGCAGCAGUCCUUCCUCACUGCUGCUCACAUGAGUGAGCAGUUUGCUAGGCACAUCGACCUACAGAUCCAGGGUGGCCUGAUUGGUGGAGCCCCUGGAGUGGAAAUGCUGGGGCGGCUUCAGCGGCACCUGGAGCCCAUCAUGGUCCUUUCUGGCCUGGAGCUGGCCACCACUUUCGAGCACUUCUACCAGCACUACAUGGCGGACCGUCUCCUGAGCUUGGGCUCCAGCUGGCUGGAGGAGGCCGUGCUGGAGCAGAUUGGCCUCUGCUUCCCCAACCGCCUCCCCCAGCAGAUGUUGCGGAGCCUGAGCACAUCUGAGGAGCUGCAGCGCCAGUUCCACGUCUACCAGCUCCAGCGACUUGACAAGCUGCUCUUAGAGCAGGAGGAUGAGGAGGAACAGGAUCUGGAAGGAAAGGAGGAGGAAGAAGCAGCAGAGGAGGCUGAGAGAGAACUAUUUUUUGAAGAUCCAAGUCCACCAGUUUCUAUACUGGUCCUGUCACCACGCUGCUGGCCCGUCUCCCCACUCUGCUACCUGUACCAUCCCAGAAAGUGCCUUCCCACACGAUUCUGUGAUGCCCUUGACUGCUUCUCCAAUUUCUACAGCCAGAGUCAGAACCAUCCAGUCCUGGACAUGGGCCCGCAUCGGCGGCUGCAGUGGACGUGGCUGGGCCGGGCUGAGCUGCAGUUUGGGGACCAGACCCUGCACGUGUCCACCGUGCAGAUGUGGCUGCUGCUGAAUUUCAAUGAGACAGAGGAGGUGUCAGUAGAGACCUUGCUGAAGAAUUCCGACCUCACCCCGGAGCUGCUGCUGCAGGCGCUUCUGCCCCUCACCACAGAGAAUGGCCCUUUGGUCCUGCAGGAGGGUCAGGACUUUCCACACAGGGGUGUGCUCCGGCUUCGUGCCCCUGGGCGCCAGCCCCGCAGGGAGGCACUGUGGCUGAUGCCGCCCCAGGUAUAUCUGAACGUAGAGAAGGAUGAGGGCCGAACCCUGGAACAGAAGAGGAACCUCUUGAGCUGUCUUCUUGUCCGUAUUCUUAAAGCCCACGGGGAAAAGGGCCUCCACAUUGAUCAGCUGGUCUGUCUGGUACUUGAGGCCUGGCAGAAGGGCCCGAAUCCCCCUGGAAGCCUGGGCCAAGCCGUUGCUGGGGGCGUGACCUGUACCAGUACUGAUGUCCUCUCCUGCAUUCUGCACCUUCUGGGCCAGGGCUAUGUGGAACGGCGCGACGACCGGCCCCAGAUCCUGGUGUAUGCCACCCCAGAGCCCAUGGUGCCCUGCUGGGGUCAGGCAGAGGUCCCCUUCUUUGGCAACCAGACCACCGAGACCUCCAAGCCUAGCCCAGAAGUGGUGGCUGCCCUGGCAUCCCUGCAGAUGCCUGCAGGCCGCACCAUGAGCCCCCAGGAGGUGGAAGGGCUGAUGGAACAGACAGUGCGCCAGGUGCAGGAGACACUGAACCUAGAGCCAGAUGUGGCUCAGCACCUUUUGGCUCAUUGCCACUGGGGGGCCGAACAGCUGCUGCAGAGCUACAGUGAUAACCCUGGGCCACUGCUGCUGGCAGCUGGGCUGUGUGUACCCCAGGCCCAGGCUGCCCCCACACGGCCCGACCACUGCCCUGUCUGUGUCAGCCCCCUGGAGCCGGAUGAAGACCUGCCCUCUCUCUGCUGCAUGCACCACUGCUGUAAGUCUUGCUGGAAUGAGUAUCUGACAACCCGGAUUGAGCAGAACCUUGUGCUGAACUGCACCUGCCCCACUGCUGACUGCCCUGCCCAGCCCACCGGAGCCUUCAUCCGAGCCAUCGUCUCCUCUCCAGAAGCCAUCUCCAAGUACGAGAAGGCCCUCCUGCGUGGCUACGUGGAGAGCUGCUCCAACCUGACCUGGUGUACCAACCCUCAGGGCUGUGACCGCAUCCUGUGCCGACAAGGCCUGGGCUGUGGGACCACCUGUUCCAAGUGUGGCUGGGCUUCCUGCUUCAACUGCAGCUUCCCUGAGGCACACUACCCGGCCAGCUGUGGCCACAUGUCUCAGUGGGUGGACGAUGGCGGCUACUAUGAUGGCAUGAGUGUGGAGGCCCAGAGCAAGCACCUUGCCAAGCUCAUCUCCAAGCGCUGUCCUAGCUGUCAGGCUCCCAUUGAGAAGAACGAGGGGUGUCUGCACAUGACCUGUGCCAAAUGCAACCAUGGGUUCUGCUGGCGCUGUCUCAAGUCCUGGAAACCAAAUCAUAAAGACUAUUACAACUGCUCUGCCAUGGUAAGCAAGGCAGCUCGCCAGGAGAAGCGGUUCCAGGAUUAUAACGAGAGGUGUACUUUCCAUCACCAGGCCCGGGAGUUUGCUGUGAACUUGCGGAACCGCGUAUCUGCCAUCCAUGAGGUGCCCCCACCCAAAUCCUUCACCUUCCUCAGCGAAGCCUGCCGGGGACUUGAGCAGGCUCGAAAGGUGCUGGCCUAUGCCUGUGUGUACAGCUUCUACAACCAGGACAUGGAGCACAUGGAUGUGGUGGAGCAGCAGACUGAGAACCUGGAGCUGCACACCAACGCCCUGCAGAUCCUCCUUGAGGAGACCCUGCUGCGGUGCGCAGACCUGGCCACCUCGCUGCGCCUCCUGCGGGCGGACUGCCUCAGCACGGGCCUGGAGCUGCUCCGGCGCAUCCGGGAGAGGCUGCUCGCUGUCCUGCAGCAUUCCAUCCAGGAUUUCCGGGUUGGUCUCCAGAGUCCAUCAUUAGAGGCCCAGGAGGCAAAAGGCUCCAAUGUGCCUGGCAAUCAGCCCCAGGGCUCCUCCGGGCUUGAGGUGGAGGAGGAGGAGGAGGAGGACCUGCCGGAGUGGCAGCAAGAUGCGUUUGACGAGGAGCUGGACAAUGACAGCUUCUCCUAUGAUGAGGAGUCUGAGAACCUGGACGGAGAGACCUUCUUCUUCAGUGACGAGGAGGAGGCCUACGACUGAGCGGGGCGGCGGGGCUGCAGGGGCACGUGGAGCUGCCCAGAGCCACUGGGCCAAGGGGGCAGGGCUUUGUCCCUUCCCACUGUCCUGGGGGAGGCAGUUCCCAGUAUCCACAGUACCUCUCUUUAUGGAAUAAACAUUUUUUCACAGAA